UGACACGAGCUCCGAUGCCUCGGUUCAAAUGUAACCUCACUAGUAUUUAAAACGAAACGAAUGGCCUGAUGAUGACUCGACAGGAAAAAGGGUGAGGGGGUUAUGGGUAAGUAACUACUGAUCUCCUCCUGAAACAUUAACCGUUGUUCCAAAUGCAUUUUCAAACAAAUUACAUCUUGCAUGGAAUAUUUUAUCGCAUUUUCACAGACUCGGAGUCGUAUAUUGUAUGUCAUUCCAUUUGUUCGUUUCAUAAUGUUUUGUCUAAAAGGCUGUGUGUUUCAUUGUACAACAUUGUAUCUCCUGACAUUGUUUGUGCGGUACAUCCACGAUACAAAUAUAGGCUAUUCGCGUCUGUGUUGCUACUUAUAUUCCACUAAUACAUGAUUAAAUCGUGUUAUUGUCACUGUAAUGUAACCGUGUGUAAAAUAUUAUUUAAACAGACAGGAACGAGACGGGUUUGCUACAACAAGCCUGACUUCAUGAAUAUUAAUUUAUUCACGCUCUCUAAUCCUAUGUCGUGUGACGUAAUUAAUAUUUAUGAGCCAUAUGCCUGAUUUUCAUUGGACAUCGUUUUACCUGUGACCUUUUUUUUUUUUACAGUACCAUAUAAUUGUUAUUAAUUGUUGUUAAAUCUAGUAUGUUGACCGUUUGAUAACUAUUUUAAAAUUGAAAUUUAACAUCAAGCUACAAAAGAAAAUAUUUUAAAUCAUUUAAAUGUACAUAUAUUUUGUGUAAAGUUUUCAAAUGUGUACAACCACAAAUUAACAUCUGAAAAUAUUUUCAUAAGUCUUCAAAUAUUAUAUUAUAAGCACCUGUAAAAACACUGGUUAUGUAAUGAUGUGUUGCAUGGACAGGAGGUGCCUGUUUCGUCCGAAAGGCAGAGGAAAUUGGGCAAAAGUGCAAUCAUGGAAAAGCCCCAAAAGACACCGGAAGAGCAGCAGUCAUCCCCACAGAUGGUGGCACCUGAUGGGGGUUGGGGCUGGGUGGUGGUGGGGUCUCUUUUCGUGUCUUCUGCGCUGGUGUUCGGGCUUAUCCGCAGUCUGGGUGUCUUUUUUGUGGAGUUUGUGCAGUACUUUGGUGAGAGUGCCCAGGCGGUGUCUUGGAUAACAUCCAUUGGCUUGGCCAUGCAACAGCUAAUGAGUCCAAUAAGUGCAGCCGCAUCUAACGUAUAUGGAGCUCGUCCGGUUGUUAUGAUGGGAGGAUUCCUCUCAGGCCUGGGAUUCAUUCUGGCAUCCCAGGCAACAUCUCUUUUACAUCUUUACCUGACCAUGGGAUUCAUUUCAGGUUUAGGCUGGGCGCUGAUCUUCACUCCUACCGUUGCGUCAGUGAUGCAGUACUUCACCUUGCGGAGGUCUCUAGCCAUGGGCCUGGGCUUCACAGGCGUCGGACUUGCCUCUUUUGCAUUCUCUCCACUUUUUCAGUAUCUAGUAGAAGCCUAUGCUUGGCGCGGGGCCUUGCUUGUCCUCGGAGGCCUCAGCUUCAACAUGAUUGCUUGUGGAGCUCUCAUUCGGCCUCUAGGGACACCAAAAGUUGUGGUGAAGGCUGAAAACGCAUCCAAGCUCAACAAAUGUUCUUCUUUGUUGUCCCGUAUCUACGAGGGCUUUGAGAUCUCUCUGCUUUCACACCGAGGCUUCCUCACAUAUUCCAUGGCCAUCACCUUAUUCAAUGCCGGCUACUUCAUCCCUUACGUUCAUCUGGUCGCCCACAGCCGUCACAUUGGUUUUACUGAGUACCAGGCAGCCUUUGUGAUCUCUGUGACUGGUGUGGCAGACAUCGUGGGCCGUGUAGCCUCCGGCUGGUUCUCAGACCUGGGCAGAAUGCGGAUGCAGCACAUGCUGGUGGUUUGGACUGGGUUACUGGGGCUCUCUCUGAUGCUCAUUCCUGUAGCCGUGGUUUAUUCGGGACUGUUGGUUGUCAGUGUGGUCUAUGGGUUUUGCGCAGGAGCGAUGACGCCACUGGCGUUUGCGGUGGUGCCGGAAAUCGUAGGCAUGGAGCGAAUGCUGGGAGCCCUUGGUCUGCUGCAGCUCAUAGAGAGCAUCGGAGGGCUGCUGGGAGCACCACUGUCUGGCUGGCUGAAGGACUAUACUGGGAUGUACACGGUAUCUUUUAUCGCUGCUGGAAGUUUCCUCGUGUUAGGUACGUUCGUUACAAUGACUCUUCCCUAUUUCUGGUCUUGUACGGCCCCUCCACCCCCAUCACCUUCACAGAAGAAGUCUCAGGAUGAAUCCAUUGAAGAUGGACUUCUCAAACAAACUCUGUCCUCAAAUUCUGUUCCUGAGAUACUCUGUCCCUCGGAUGAUAUACCCUACUCGGAUAAGGAGUAAAAGGUGUGUUGGAAGAGUGACGUUACACAUCUAGUGCAAGAACGAGAAGAAAUACCUCAGAAAUGAUGCACAUACUAAUUUAGGAAAAAAUAUUUUAUUUUUAUUUUUUAGAAGGAUGUUUUGCAUCCUAAACAGGAUAUAGGCAACUAUUGGCAUUGGAAUCACAAAUCAUACUGCACUGGAUGGUUUUGUACCACAUUUUGCAGUAAAACGUUUUGUGGGUAAUUUCAGUUAGUGAAAUGUCCUCCAUGCCAAAGAAUAAUUAUGUGAAAUUUGCUAUUAUGCUUUUUGCCUAAUAUCAAGACAAUCAAUUUGAUGGAAGUCCUAAGUUUUGAAAGAGUUUGAAAAGCAACAGUCAGUUUACAGCUCAAAUUUAGCCUGGCUUGUAUAAAGUUUAAAACAAAUCGGUCUUAAUUUUCAAUCUGAAUUGUUUAACCAUUCCUUAUAUAUAUAUAUAUAUAGUAAUAUACUAUUUAUUUUAUUUGAUUGUUAUUAAAGUAGCCUAUUAAUACAAUUUUUUUGUAUUGUAAAUCAAUGUGAAGCACUUCACCUCCGGCUUCCCCUGACAGGAAUUUAAUUAUGAUGCACAAAUACAGCUUCAGGGUUUGGUGGAAACACUGAUGCUUGUGGUUUUUGUUAAUCACAAGUUACUGAGGAGCAUUUUGUAUUCAUGACUAGUAAAACAUGAAGGCUGCUAUCAAGAGUUUUCUAGAUUACAGAAAAGCUUUUAACUGCAUAGUCAGCAUCACAUAUCUGUUGUCACAUCAAGCAAAAGCUAAAAUGAGGGUAAAACAUUUUCUUUUGCCAGGAAGUUUAGUGCUGGAGGCUACUUUAGUACAGUAUACAAAGCAGGAAGGCAAGCUAAAGGCUAACACAAUGCUACUCCUCACAUAGAGCAUUUUUCUUUCACUUUUUGACACACAACUUGCUGUACCUUACCUUGAUUACAGCUGGACUGUUCUUGAGGUUCAUAUGGAGGAAUAUGAUGAUCACAUUAUGUUAUUAAUGUUCCUAUCAUUGUCAGAGACAUGGCAUUUUAAUGUUGUCCUUUCAGGGACAAACUGGACCAUGUGAUUCGUGAUUUGUGUAUGACAUUGAUACUUUAUAAAUAUCGUAUGAUGGAAAUCUUGCUCAACAUGAAGGGCUUUUAUUGUGAUCUUUAAGAUGCAGGUUUCAGAGUGAAUAUUGACUUAUAUUUUCAACAGAGGUUGCUGACAUAAACAGAUUCACUCAGAAAUCAUUAACUUAGUGCGAGAGGUGCACAAACUGGUGUAGGUUCAUUUAAACAUUGUCUAAUAUGUACUUCCCAUGGGAAAACCUUGAAUACUAAUGAGUCACUAAUGCUGUUUUAAAGAUACACUUCUCAUAAAACCAAACACGUGAGCCUUAAUCUUCAUAGUCAAUGAGCUCAGCGCAGCUGGACUUUGUUUUCUCAUGCGAGAGGCCCUUUUUGCUGUGAGAUUAACAGCACUGCCUUUACACACAGUUGUCUUCAAAGCAAGCACUUGUAUUAAUGCAAUUAUACAUGCUCUUAUUGACCUCAAUAUGCUUGUAUCGUAUGAGAAGUGAGAUUUGGAUGAAUUUGGAUCAGUUAAGUCAUAUUUUAAGUUCAUUAGCUUUGGAGGCAGUAACAUUUAACUAUAUUUCAUCAUCUGGUCAGUUGAACUUUAUAGCUUUGGAAAUACACUGCGCAAGAUGACUUAUGAUCUAAUUAAAAAGUUGAAUGGAGUUUGCCAUCUGAGCCAGUCAGGUAGUUUUACCGUUUAUCUUUAACCAGGUUACCAGCCUGUAUCUUGUGGUUUGUUUUAAUUUUCCAAGAAGCGCACAGCAUGGCAAAAGGGGUUUUACUACUACAGUAUAGUAUAAAACUGUGUUUUAGGUAAACAGAAUUGUGUUUUAAUGUGAUUGAAUUAAAGGCUAUUUCUGUA